AUGAACUCAAUGCGCAGAUGUCUCGGACAGCAAUCCGAUGUGCUAGGAAAAUGGUAUUAUCCAGCAGAGCGCACGUCGGACAAUGAAACAACGCGCGACGAACAGAGUAGUUUCCAUCCUGGCCGAUCUACAACUGACAAGGUGUUCAUCGUCAGGAGAGUGAUCGAAAUCCGGCAGCGGUAUUCGAAGCCAGUGCAAUUAGCGCUUCCGGACUUUGAAGCCGCUUUCGGCUCUCCUCAUCGAGGCCGUCUUCUCAAUGAGCUCCGCGCCGAUGGAGUGCCAGGAAAGUUCGUUCGCUUGUUUGAUGACAAGAAUCAACGAACAGCUGCUUCAGUUCGAACACCAGCCGGAUGUACAACACCGUUUGAGGUGGUAACUGGAGUAAGACAAGGGGCAGUGGCAACACCCUUCCUGUUCAACUUCGCCAUCGACGACAUUAUGAGAAGAACAGUAGAUCAGUGUCCUGCCAAUAUCAUUCUACCACCAUCAGGACUCCUCUUGAGCGAUCUUGAGUACGCUGACGAUGUUAUUAUAUUCGCGUAA